CCAAUUCUUCCAUUAAAAAAAAAAAAAAAAAAAAAAAAGAAAGGAAAGAAAGAAGCCCAACCCAACCCAAUCUCUCUCUCUCUCUCUCAUCAUUUUCUUCAAGAAAGAAAAAGUGUGUUCCUUCUCUCUCGCUCUUAUCUAUAACCCCUUUGAAAGACGACUUAAAGUGGUGGGUAUAUUUAUCUUUGUUUUCUUUAUUUCUCAAAAUUUCUAGAACCCACAUCGAUCAAUAUCUCUGGCUGCUUCCUCCUUUAUAAGACCGACACAGAUGAACAGAAAAGAAGAAUAUUUCAAUUGAAAACCGAGGUGAGGGAGAUUAAUUAAGUUAUGGUCUUGGUCUUGCGGAUUCCAACUAAUCAAAAACUCGUUCUGGUUCGAACUCAUGGAAGCCGAUAGCUGUAUUCCUCCCGUUAACCCUGUUCAUUCUCGAUUCUUUCUCUCUGGGUUCUAUUGCUGGGAUUGGGAAUUCCUCACUGCUCUCCUCCUUUUUAGUUGUUCCAUCUAGAACCCUUUUUACCCACACCAUCAAUUGGCUCAUAAUUUCCUCCAUCUUUAUUUGUUCACAGAAUUAGAUCAUUUUUUUCCUUUUCUUUUUUUGUUAUUACUGUAAUUCUACUUUUUUUUUUUUUUUUUAUUGGGAUAGAAAAUUUUUUUUCUUUGGUUUUUCUUGGGGUGGGUUGGUGAAGGGUAAAAUUGGAAGAAAUGGCGCAGAGGUCUGUUCCGGCGCCUUUUUUGACGAAAACGUAUCAGUUGGUUGAUGAUCCCGUCACGGACGAUGUGAUCUCUUGGAACGAAAACGGCACAUCAUUUGUCGUUUGGAAGACCGCUGAUUUUGCGAGAGAUUUGCUCCCCAAUUAUUUUAAGCACAACAACUUCUCCAGCUUCGUUCGCCAACUCAACACCUAUGGCUUUCGAAAGGUCGUCCCAGACAAAUGGGAAUUCGCCAACGACCACUUCCGACGAGGACAAAAGGAGCUCCUCUCGGAAAUUCGUCGCCGUAAAACGGCGACAACUUCUCCGGCAAAUGGUCAAGCCGGGAAACCCGGCGGCGGUGACUGCCCUUCAAGCCCGUCGAAUUCCGGCGAGGACCUGGGGUCCACAUCCACGUCAUCCCCGGAUCCCAAGAACCCAGGGUCGGUGGAGACAGCGGCUGCGAUGGUCCAGGUGGCGGGUUUAUCGGACGAGAAUGAGAAGCUGAAGAAGGACAACGAGAUUCUGUCUUCGGAGCUUGCCCAGACGAAGAAACAGUGCGACGAACUGAUAGCUUUUCUGACGGAAUACAUGAAGGUGGGGCCCGAUCAGAUCAAUCGCAUCAUGAGGCAAGGAAGCUGCGGGUCCACCCGUGAUGGAUUGGCUGAUGAUGAUGAUGAUGACGAAAAUGGAUUUGAAAAAGAAGAAAAAGAAGAAGAGGGUCUGAAACUGUUUGGGGUAUGGGUCAAAGGGAACGACAACGACAAAGAGAAGACGACGGUGAAGAAGAAAAGGAGCCGUGAAGAGAAAACAGUAGGGUUCGUUCUGCCCCAUGCAAAGGAAAUGAAGACCGUGGACUUCCACACACCGUUGAUGAAGAGCAGCAAAGUCUGCAACUGAGUCUGAUGGAUAUUUUGCUUGCUAGUCUGCCCAGGGGUAGUAUAAAAAUGCGGGGGUAAGUAUGGGUAAGCUCCAUGCACCCUCUGUAACGUCCUUAGAUCAUUCUGUGUAGAAAAGAAAAGUCAUCUGCAUGCAAUGAUAAUGAUAACGUUUAGUUUUUAUUAUUACCAGUAUUUUAGGGAAUAAAAGGGAAAAACUUUGGAGCCGUAAGGUUUAUUUUCUUCCUUGUAAUUUUUUUUCUCUCUUUUAUUUUUAUUUUUAUUUUGAGUACAUUGUUGUUUAGUGGGUAAAAUUGGGAAAUUGUAAUAAGGAUUUGAUGGUUGGGUUUUUGAACAUGUAAAGUACAGGUCUAUCAGGACUUUAGAAAUUGUGGAAGGUAAAAGAUCAAAGGCACAUGGGUGUUUUCCUUCCAUUUAGAAAAAGUAGUAUAUCUCGAUCAAAAUGUUCUCUGUGUCAAAUAUGCAAUUCGGAACUAGAUUCAAUUUCUAUAUAUUGUAAUGUAAUGGCAAUGUUGUUUGUGCUCC